AUGCACAUUAUCAGAAGAACUGAGACUUACGCCAAGUUAUUUUUCCUGGUGAGCUUCACAGGAUUACUGACAUAUACUAUAUUAGCCUUUUAUACUUUUCAUACGGCGUAUACAACCGUUUACAAUUCUGAACAUUACUAUACACCUGGAUUACCGAAGCCCAUAUUCGGUUCAGGUGGACAUCGAAUAGAUAAUGAAAUGAAAUACAUACUAAUAUGGUUAACCGUAGAUUUUAACGUUAAUUUCUUCGGUGAAGGACCAGGAGCGUUUGUGAAGAAUAAUUGCUCAUUCGUGAAUUGUUACCUGUCAGCAGAUAAGCACCUGUUGAAAGGCUACAACAAAGAGUUCGACGUCGUAUUGAUAGAUAUUGGUGUCUUAAGGCGAUCUUUAUGGAACAGUAUAGUAAUGCCACAAAAGAGGUCUGUAAAGCAAAAAUAUCUAUUCCACAGUAUGCGAUCAUCUGAUGAAACUCCCGUGUGCAACGUCAAUGCAGAUGGCUAUUUCAACUGGACUUGGUCUUAUAAAAUUGAUUCAGACAUUUCAACUCCUUUUAUAGAAGUUAAAGAUACAGGUGGUAAUACAGUAGCGCCUAGACGAGAAGUGAAAUGGAUAGAAAAUAUGAAACCACUAACGGAUGCUGACAAAGAAAAAUUGAAGACGAAGAAAAAAGCAGUUGCUUGGAUACCUGAAAGUUGUAACACUAGAAUUAACAGAAUGGAAUAUGUAAGAAAAUUAAAAGAGGCUCUGAAAGAACAUGAUUUAGAGUUGGAUAUUUAUGGGUGUUCUAUGAAAACGUGUCCAAAAGAGGGUUGCAUGCAGGCAUUGGAAAAAUACUACUAUUUCUAUUUAGCGUAUGAGCCUAGUCACGCCAAAGAUUAUGUUACUGAAGAAGUUCUCAAAGCUUAUCAUCAUAAUACUGUACCUAUAGUGAAAGGUGGAGCUGAUUACACACUGUAAGUAUAUUUAUUACUAGCUGCCCGUGUCUAUCCUCACGUAAAUAAUAGCCCAUGUCACCUGCUUAUGAUGUAGUUUCCCGUUGGUGAAAGAGUUUUUACUAAAUAACGUCUGCUAAAGAAUUUCCCUACUGACAAAGGUCUGCUUACGGUGUUGGUGUGUAGUGUGACGUGCAGCUUAAAUUAAAAUAGCUCAAAACAGUAAUAGAUUGCAAAAGAUCAAUUUACUAGUCUUACACAAUUUUAACAAUAUUUUUGAAUUUGUAUUUCUUAGAUGAACUUUGUCAUCAGUUUAAAAUAUGUAGUUGAAAAUGUGCUGCUUUGUUCAUAAUAUUUUUUUUUCAGAUUUCUCCCAGAAGGUUCGUAUAUCAAUGCUGGAACAGGAUCAAUUGAAAAGUUAGCUUCCCUUAUAGAUUUUAGCAUCAAAAAUCCUUCAGUCUACUAUA